UCCAGUUGCUGUCUCCUCUGAUUCCUCAAACAUUUCCAACAUGUCCCUUUUAAUUUCCUUCUUAAUUGGGACACAGAUGCUUCACUUGGUGGUUGCCUCUCCACCUCUUCGCUUUCUUUCCCCAUCAUGCAAUUCUUUGGUGGUAAAGGCUGCUGCAGAAGCGGCCCUUAACAAACUCAAUCCAGAUCGAAGAGAAGGCUACGUUCUUAGCCUCCAGCGCAUUUUUAAUGUCCACGAACUACCCCAGGGACAGAUCGGUGGUUCUCUUUUCUACCUCACUAUGGAUGUGUUAGAAACUGAAUGCCACGUCCUGAGCAGGAAGUUGUCGAAAGACUGCAACGUUAGACGUGCACAUGAGACAGUCUAUGGCCAAUGCAAAGCAAUAAUUCAUUUCAACAGGGAUUCCAAUCAUUCGCACUUGUACAGUUAUGACUGUAUUUUACGACCACUUUCUCCUGCUGCUAUGGCAAAAAUCUGCCCUGAUUGUCCAGUCCCUGGAGACCCUUCUGAAGCCACUUUUCAGGAGACAGCGGCAGAGAGCCUGGCCAAAUUCAGUGCUGAAAGCAACCAUGUUCAUUAUUUCACCAUCCUCAAUGUCACCAGAGCAAGAUCACAGUGGGUUGUUGGUCCUUCCAACUUUGUGGAAUACACCAUCCAGGAGACCUCUUGUCCCAAAAGCCAGCCUGUGUCUGUCAUCACUAAGUGUCCCCUACUCCCAUCCAGUACUGCUGAGACAGGAUUAUGCAAAGGCUCUGUGGUAAACAGUCGGAUAGAAAAUCGGAAAUUUGUGACUGUAAAAUGCAAUCUCUUCCCGCGUCCGUCACCAGUUACAGAUGAACAGACUCCACAAUCCAGGUCUGAACCUGGGCAGGAGGAACAUCAUGAUGACAGUGAAAGACACAGAGAUCACCAUGAAGAGGACGGACACCAUCAUCAGCAUUCCCGUCCGCACCAUCACAAACAUGGACAUAAGCAUGAACACCAGGAGCCACACCAUCCUCACUCCUCAGAUGACAUCACUGAGACACUACCAGAGCAGAAGGAAACAGUAGGGCGGGUGAUAGUCUAUCCUCCUUCGACCAAGCAUGUCUCGCUCCACUCCUUACCAGAAACUCAAGCAGAGCACUUAGAUGAAAAACCAAUUCCUCCAGAAGUUCAGAAACCAAAUCCAACUUCUAACCCCAGGCUUGCUUCUGCAGAACAGGAAGCCAGUACUCACUCAGCCAAGCCAGCCAGACCAGCCCUUCCUUCCUUCCCUAGUGGGUUUUCAAAAUCUGCUAAAUGCCCAGGAGACCUUCUAAUAGAGAUCCAUGGACUUCAGCUGCCUUUACCCUCAUAGGCCAGAGGUUCACUA